AUGAGGAACAAAGGCAGGCUAGGAAGAACAAUGGGUUGGCUUCAAAUUCUAUUAGGAGGGCUUGUUAUCAUCAUAACCACAUUGUCUCUCUUCAAGUUCUACUCAGCUGGAUUUAUCUUCCACAAGGACGACGUUUGCCGAUACUUCUACACCACAACGAGGCAUGUCUACGAGGAAAGCUUUGAUGCAAAAGCGUUGUCGGACCGAGUUGAAGAAGUGCUAGAUCAGCUAGAAAGUUUGCAAGAGAAACUCGAAUCCGCCGUAGAAGAAAUGGGAAAGAACAAGCAAGUGUUGAACAAUGGGAAUAUCACAAGGAUUGAGCAUAAAAAGUACUUAGAAGAGGAAGUGAUUAAGCCUCUUUAUAAUGCUCAUAUUGCCUUGAGGCAAAUAAGACUACCAAAGGUUGAAAAAAAUGGUCAAAAUUAUUCUACUGUGAAAGAAGAGCCUUUGAUCAACAAUUUUGUGGUUGAGGAAAUAAGAAAAUACAUUUCUCCAAAGAAAAGUAGAAUUGGGAAACUCAAUAUGUAUAUGACUGAGAAUAUAUACAACACAAUUGGACAUGCUUGUGUUUUGCAUAGGAAGGAAUUGGAAGAUUAUAUGGAUUAUGAUAUUGGUUCAUAUUGUAAAGAUGAUUGGAACUUGGCUCAAAAACUUAUGCUCAACGGUUGUGAUCCGUUGCCCCGUCGACGGUGCUUGACAAGAGCGUCGAAGGUCUACCAAAAGCCUUAUCCAGUGAACGAAUCGCUAUGGAAGUCGCCAGACGACCGGAAUGUAAGAUGGAGUAACUAUCAAUGUAGGAACUUUUCUUGCUUGUCUAGCAAGAAUCCCAAAAGGGGGUACAACAAGUGUAGUGGUUGCUUUGAAAUUGAUAAAGAGAAGCUUAAAUGGGUGAUCAAUAGCUCUCUCGCCGUCGAUUUCACGAUAUCGGAUGUUUUAGCAAUCAAGCCAGGGGAGAUUCGGAUCGGGUUGGAUUUCGGGAUCAGCACGGGGAGUUUCGCUGCAAGAAUGAGAGAACAAAAUGUGACAAUUGUGACAACUGCUUUGAACCUUGGAGCUCCUUUCAAUGAAUUUAUUGCUUUAAGAGGUUUGAUUCCUCUCUAUGUGACAUUAAACCAAAGACUUCCUCUGUUUGAUAACACAAUGGACUUGAUUCACACAACUGGGUUCAUGGAUGGUUGGCUAGAUAUGUUGCUGUUGGAUUUCAUACUUUUCGAUUGGGAUCGGGUUCUACGGCCGGGAGGAUUGUUAUGGAUCGACCGAUUCUUUUGCGAUCGAAAGGAUCUCGACGAUUACAUGUAUAUGUUUCUGCAGUUUAGAUACAAGAAACACAAAUGGACUAUUGCUCCUAAAUCAAAAAAUGAAGUCUACCUUUCUGCAUUGUUGGAAAAACCUCCAAGGGCAAUAUGA